AUUCACCCCUUUCCUGUUUCCUCAAACAAUAUAAUGGUAGGUGUGAAUGGUCUGAAAUGGAAAAACUUGAUCCACAAAAGUCCACAUCUCCCUUCCUGUAUGUCUUCUGUAAGUUAUCCUGUUUCCUAGAUGCUUCCCUCCCUUUUCCAGCAACCAAGUCUUUCCCCCCUCCCCCAAAAGGAUCAGUUAAACUCAAUCUUUAACUUGGCUUCAUCUUUAGUUGAGUAAUGACACAAUCACCAAGUGUUUCUGAUUUUGAAGCAGCCCAAAAAGCAAUAAACACACUUGGUUUGGGUUUUGAUUUAACACAAGAUAUUAACUUUGACAACUGUAAGACUGGUUCACAGUUAAUCCUCACCGAUGAAGAAGAGAGCCGUCGUUUGGAGAUUCCGGGAGGGGUUUCAAUUCCUGAUGUGUUGGAGGAGAAUCUAUUAGAAUCAAUUCAGAUAUCCUCACCUUGGAACAGAUGUUACAACAUUUCAACCGUGAAAUGCGCCUGUCUGGCAAAAUUGCAUCCGGUCACUUUUGUGCUUCAUUUGGGAUAUGUUUUCAAGGUUUAAAAGAAUUGGAUUCAAUCGUCCAUCUUGCUUAUGAUGGCUGGUUCAUCAAACGCUAUACCGUUGAAUUAGAAAGAUAUCAUGGUGAACUCCACGAUCAUGUCAAAGAAGCUGUGCCAUCAUCAUGGGACCCUGAAGCUUUGGCAAGGUUCAUUGAACGUUUUGGAACUCAUGUCAUAGUCGGGGUGAGCAUGGGAGGAAAGGAUGUGCUAUACAUUAGACAAGAAGAUACAUCAGAUCUCCAUGAUCCAGCCAGUAUCCAAAAACUUUUGACAGAAACAGCUAGCACGAAGUUCAUGGAUUCUGCAGAUAAUCAUUGCUUGCCUUCUCAAGACUUAAUUAACAUAAAAAAGAAUCUUUUUGAGAUGCAUAUUAGGAAGGGUGGAAGUAGUCAAAAGAUGUCUCAUAAUAAAUGGCUGAAUACUAUUGACUCGGAACCUGACGUCAUUUCAAUGCAUUUUCUCCCCCUUACAGCCCUUUUGGGAGGUAUCCAUGGAGCUGGAUUUUUGAGCCAUGCUAUAAACCUCUAUCUUCGAUACAAACCUUCAGUUGAGGACCUCCAUCAGUUUUUAGAGUUUCAGCUACCAAGACAAUGGGCCCCUGUAAUUGGCGAGAUACAUCUUGAUUCCUACUGGAAGCAUCAAGUGAACACCUGGUUACGAUUUAGUAUAUUGGGUCCUAAGCUUUACAUAAAUACAACUCCAGUAGAUGUAGGUAAAAGACCAGUAACUGGCCUUAGAUUACAAUUGGAAGGGAGUAGAAGCAACCGGUUGGCCAUUCAUCUGCAGCAUCUGGCUUCCCUACCCAAGUCCUUACCACUCGCGGACAAUGAAAAUACUUAUUUAUCUUGUAACUCGUACAGCUGUAACUUCCAUAAGAAAGUGAAAUGGAACUGCUUUUCAUAUAUCUGUACUGCUCCUGUUGAAUCGGAUGAUAGUCUUUCCGUUGUUACAGGAGCUCAGUUGCAAGUUGAAAAGAAGUGUCUUCUUUUACGGCUGUGCUUUUCCAGAGUUAUAGGUGCUACCCUUCAGAAGCCACCUGAGUGGGAUCAAUCUUCCAAUCUUAGCCAGUCCAGGAGCAAGCAUUUGGGCAUCACUUCUUUUAUUCCCAAAAAUAAACAUAGGGAUCAUCCAAAGCCUGGUGAGGUGUUCAUUAGUUCUGUUGUGCAUGCUAUCAACCUCCCUGCACCGAUAAAUGCACCUAAGCUUCAAAGGUAUGUGGACAAAAUGGAAAUGGUCAGAGGACCAGGAGAAACUCCAGGAUAUUGGGCCGUGUCCGGAGCAAAGCUUUCGGUACACAAUGGGAAAAUCUAUCUCCUUGUUAAGUAUUCACUAUUGAGCUUUAGUUAUACAGUAUGAGAUCAAAGUUUCCUUAAAGUGAUUUAAUGCUCAGUUGGCCUCCUCUUGAAGUUUGACAACAUUGAUUUGUAUAAUACUGUAAAAAAAAAAUUAUUUGUAUAGAAUUUGAGUUUCUAAAGUUGAUUUGAUUAAAAUUGAGUUUGAGUGAUGAUAUAUAUUUACACAAACAGGUUGGGUUCUAAGCUACCAUAUCCUUAUUCGUUAUAAUCAUUACGGAUACGGUUACCCAGCAUAUGGUAGCUUUCCGUGUCUAUUGGGACCUUUACCCAUUGUGAUUCAUACCCACAUGGUAAAAUAAGUUUACAGAAUGAAUACUCAAUAAAUUCAUUAAAAAAAAUGAAUCUAAUACCUUUUUAAACCCAAGUCCAAAUCACUUGAACCGGAGUUUUUCUGUUUGAUAAACCUUUGUAUAUCUUUUUUGCUUUUUGGGUUGAGUUUUUUUUAAUCUUUCUUUGUUUUUAUGACUAGAUUUUUACUUUGUAUUGCAGCUUUUUCUCCACCUUUCCUCAUGCUGCAGAACAAAAGAUGGAAAAAGUCAAAUCAACGCAGUAUGACCAAACAGAAUCUGCAUUAUUAGGCAGCCCAAAAAUUACGUCCAAGCACAAACCUUAGAAACAAAAACAUGAAUAACAAACCAACCGCAGCUGCACCACUCAAUGCUUAUCUUAAGAGU